AUGACGGUCACAACAAUUCCGCUUGAACCCCUCAUAUCGACCGCACGUGCGGAGUCGAGUCACGCCGGCGCAGCCACACGAGACAUCCUAUCCAACCGAAUACAACCCGAGGAGAAAUGGAACGUGGGGAAGGAUGCCCGCGAUAGCAAGGCUAUGUCGGCCAUGGAGCUCGCUGGGACAUCGUGUAGAGAAAAGCUACCUUCGCCCGGACUCCAUUUCCUGACUUCAGAACACCCACUUUUCCCACCCAUGCCGUCGUACGGGCCCCCAUCCGCAUUUCGCAGAGCCCAGUACUGUGCGUUCAUUGUCGCCUCCUUCUUUCUGUCGCUAGGCUUUUUGACGGUCAUAUUUGUUGGAGCCCUGUUCCGCACAGCCGGAGUCGUAAUUUCGGAAGCUCGUCUACGAUUGAGUGGCCAUGAUCCAGAUACGAGGAGGUCAUUCUAUACAGAGGAACAGCAACGCAGGAAGGCAAGGGCCAGCAUCGAUCGGAGGUGGGCCCUACGUCAACAGAAGAGGGAUAUGGACGAAGAACAGGGACCUGAAGAGUGCCAAGAAUGCCCGUCAUUGGAAGGAGGCAAGGACCCUUUGAUUUGUGACGUUGCAUACUAUGCCCGCCGAGUUGGUCUCGACGUGGAAACAUUUCGGGUUCAGACGGAGGACGGUUUCAUUAUCACCCUGUGGCAUGUCUACAAUCCUCAGGAGUACGAGGCAUUAUCACCAGAAGAGCGACGUGAGCGUGGGCCUGAUGUUUUUACUAAGCCGAAAAUGCCGAAUACAUCCCGUCCACAAUCUAACCGUCGAUAUCCUGUUCUCCUGGUCCAUGGGCUGCUGCAAAGCGCUGGUGCAUUCUGUACCAAUGACGAGGAUAGUCUGGCGUUUUACCUCUGCAAGUCUGGAUAUGACGUGUGGUUAGGGAAUAAUCGCUGUGGAUCACACCCAGAGCACACCACAUUGUCGACCCACGACCCGCGUAUGUGGUCUUGGGACAUUCGACAUCUCGGAACGCUGGACCUUGCAGCACUCACUUCGCGUGUGCUCUACGAGACUGGGUUCGAGAAGCUAGGUCUCGUGUGCCACUCCCAAGGAACUACACAGACCUUUGUUGCCCUAGCCAAGGAACAUCGUCCCGAGCUGGGUGAAUACAUCUCGGUUUUCUGCGCGCUUGCACCGGCUGCAUAUGCCGGUCCGCUUGUGAGCAGACCGUAUUUCCGAUUCAUUACCCUUCUCCCUCCGGCAAUUUUCCGCCUCAUCUUCGGAAUCCACUCUUUCAUUCCUUCCAUGAUGACAGCCCAGCGUCUGCUUCCGUCUAGGAUAUAUGGAACCUUAGCAUAUUGGGUGUUCUCCUUUUUGUUCGACUGGUCAGACACGCGCUGGGAGCGCGAUCUGCGUCAUAGAAUGUUUCAGUUCGCUCCUGUAUAUGUCAGUGUUGAGCUAAUGCGCUGGUGGCUGGGAAGCGACAGCUUCGCAAAACAUAAAUGCAUUUUGUCCACAGAUAACGAGCUCCUUCAUGAGACAAACGCGAAUAUACAUAUGCGAGAUCCUGGUUCUGAGCAUGGCGACGAUCCCCGAGAUGCAUGCUUGGGAGCUCCGGCUCAGAGCCCCUGGUAUGGCCCGAGAACACCCCCGUUUGCAUUUUGGAUCGGAGGCUCCGAUGCUCUUGUUGAUGGUCGUCGACUCCUGAAUCGUUUCCAGAGUGGCCGUGAGCCUCAUGUGAGCCUUGUUCAUUCAAAGGUAAUUGAAGAGUACGAGCAUCUGGAUGUGCUUUGGGCAAUGGAUGCGAUCGAGCAGGUUGGCAGGGAGGUCAAUCAGGUGAUUUGGACAAGUAUGCCUGAUGACGCACGUCGGACAUGCCGUGCCCCUCGCGGUGUGAACUUAGACAUGGUAGCCGUGGAUUAG